CCCACGCUGUCCCCUCAGCUUCGGCGUGGACGCGGGUGCGCGGGCGAACCGCAGAGUCGAGCGCGGGGACGGCGUGUGCGACGCCCUGUAGCGUCCGGGUCCCCCCAGGAGCUCCGUGAGGGGCGAACCGCCUCAUGGCGGCCCCUUUUCUCCCCCCUCAGCACCCGGGGCUCCCCUACGCCCCCGGUGUCUCCCCUCUCCUGAAGCCCAUCCCUGCAGGGAAGGAACCAGCCUUCGUUGGUCAUCCCCAGAGAGCGUGAUCACCCUGGCAAGGAGGAAGAAGCCACAUCUUCAUCCGUUGUGUGACUUUGUUAUCAGAUAUCCCACCAACGUUAAGUUUUAUAAACUAUGGAAGAUCCUCGUUAGCCCAAUGUGGUGGGAUGCACCUGCCCGACUUCUUGUUUUACCUCUGGCUGUUUAUGUUUCCCUGUGAGUUUUCAUGGAUUUAGAGACUCGAGUCACAUUUUAAAGCAGGUUUUUUUUUUUUGCCAUAGCGUGAUGGGGUAGCAUCUGGCCAGCACUGUCUUGGCUAAGCCAGGAAAGGUAUCCAGCCUGCAUGGACAGGGCAACAUUUGCCUGUUCCACUGCCUUUUUUCGUGACUACAACAGUCCAUCUCAGGGUGCGUUCUGCCUCCCAGGAGGACACGUUGACUUUAUUGAAAGAGUAGACUCAUUCACUUACUCAGACUUUUUCCGGGAUUAUUUGAUUCCCAACCAUCCCUGUAUUUUCUCAGCUAAAUUCACUGAAGACUGGGGCAGCAGGAGAAAUUGGGUUACUUGGGAUGGAAAACCUAACUUUGAUCACCUGCUGCAGAAGUUUGGAGAGGCUGUAGUACCUGUUGCCAACUGUGAUGUCAAGGAGUACAAUUCUAAUCCGAAGGAGCAGCUCCCCUUCAAGGAGUAUGUAAGCUACUGGAAAGAGUACAUUAAAAAUGGCUACCGUUCAUCCCGAGGGUGCCUUUACCUAAAGGACUGGCACCUGAGCAGAGCUUUCCCCGAGCAAGAUGUUUACACAACCCCUGUGUAUUUCUCAUCCGACUGGCUGAAUGAAUACUGGGAUGCUCUAGCUGUGGAUGAUUACCGGUUUGUCUACAUGGGACCUAAAGGUUCAUGGACUCCAUUCCAUGCUGAUGUUUUCCGUUCCUAUAGCUGGUCAGCCAAUAUAUGUGGGAGGAAGAAAUGGCUGUUGUACCCCGCGGGCCAGGAGGAGUACCUGAAAGACCACCAUGGCAACUUGCCCUUCGAUGUGACUGCACCUAGUCUUCAGGACAGGAGAGUUUACCCUCGCUACAACCAAAGUCAACCCCCUGUUGAAAUAGUGCAGGAAGCAGGGGAGAUAGUCUUCAUCCCCAGUGGAUGGCACCAUCAAGUUUACAAUCUGGAGGAUACCAUUUCCGUUAACCACAACUGGGUGAAUGGCUGCAAUGUGGCUAUAAUGUGGUGCUUCCUGCAGGAUGAAUUAGCUGCUGUCCAGCGGGAAAUCAAUGAAUGGAAAGACCCUCUGGAUGAUUGGCACCUACAAUGCCAGUUGAUCAUGAAGUCUUGCACGGGUAUAGACUACAAGGAGUUCUACAACUUCCUCAAAGUUAUUGCAGAGAAUAGGAUUUCUGUCUUGGAAAACGGCCUCGAUGACGAAGCUUCGGCAAAGAACACUCCAAAAGCUGCCAUUUCCACCUUGGGCAUGCUCCACGCAGUGUUUGAUUUAAAGAGGACUGUGAAGGUGUUAACAUCAUUGAGUGCUAAUGAAGAUUUCAAGAAACUAGACCUGACAUCACUUUCUCCACCUCCGGAGGCAUUGCUCCACCACUUGAAAGCAGCAAUAGAUACAGCGCUACUCUAACUUCCUGUUUAUUCAGUUCUUUGUAAAAUGAACCUUUUGCAAAAUGGGUGUUUGUAGAAGACUGACUCCUCCGUGUUUAACAGCUGUUGCAGUUUAAGAACAAAGAGCCUUAAAAUAGAGCGAGGAGGGAGUACGUUCAUGAGAAGACUGAAUGCUUUUUAAAUUGACAGCAUUUGAGUAUCGAGAGUAAUUGGAUAGGAAAAAAAAAAAAUCUCAGACAAAGGAAAAACCCAAAUCAUGUUAGAAUAAUCUUACGAGCCCUGCUGGUGAGUUUGCAUUCGGGGAAGGGGAACAGAAAAUUCUGUGGAUCACGCUUAGGUCUCUCAGGGCUAAACGCUGAGAUUGCAGUGGUCUGCACCCUACCCCACCCCCUGCUUCUGAGAGCACUGGAUACAGACGGCAAACCUGCACUGCAGACUCCAGCAGUUAAGCUCUGCUUUAUCUGGUCACAGUUAAAUUACUUGAAGGCCUGUCCUGCUUCCAGGUGCAGCUCAGCUUUUCUUUUCCUUUUUUUAAGGGAUGGGAGUUAGCUUCUGUUGAAGCCUGAGCUGGCUCAACAGCUGUAGCCUGCACAGGGAAGAGCUGACUGUACUAUUGUCCUGUACAGCAGUAUCUCUCUCUCAAAAGCUGAAAGACUCAGGUAGGGUCAGCCUGCAUCCUUCAGGAUUGAAUUUAACAAAAUAAUCAUUAAGAUGGAGUCCUGAUUGCAAAUCAGUGCAGAUAGCAAAUCUGCCACCAGUAAUUUAAGCAUGUGAUCCACCCGUGCUCAAAAAGAGGAACUUGAAUGUACUCUCACAUUUCUACACACUAUUUCAAGGCACAGUAUUCUAUCAAGCAGAGAUUUGAUUAAUCAGGGAAGCUAGCAAGUAGCCUCGUAUUAUCUCCUAAAAAAGCCAUGCUGUUAAAACACCAAAUAGCACUACUGCAUGGUUACACAGCACAAUUUGCAACCUGAAUGCUACCCUUGCGCUAAAAGUAUUUCCAGUGAAGCACACCUCUUGCUUUUACUGGUUGGUGAGAAAGCCUAGAAGCACAAAUGGCUGCACACUGUUACCUUAGUUGCCCCUUUAGGGCUCACUUGAAUUAUAGCUCAAGAACCUCCUCAAUUUUCAACCAGCUGUCCAGUAAGAGCAAUUAACAAGUUUAGAAAGUGCAAUAGUAGAAAUCUUCAGUAGGCUGAGAAAUCACCUUGUUUUCUAGAUAAUCCUAUGGAGUUUGUACAUGCAUGAAAUUUACAUGUCCUGUUUUCUGGUAGAAGUUCUGCAUUUUGAGUAGGAAGUGGCACCUGAAGUUAAAAUCAAUACCUAGAGCAUGGAGGAAUGCAGUAUGGAGAAAACAGACUUUUUAAAAAGAAAAAAACAGCUGUAACUACAUCUCAGUGAUUCAACCUCCUGGCAGAGUGUUUCUUUAGACUGGAAAACUGCCAUUUUUAAGCAACCUUGAAAUUAGAAGUUCGCCGCUGUUACUUAUGGCUGUUUACAUUUUCAGACAGGCAGCUGGAGCUUCCUUAGGUGAAUAAGGUGAGAUUUCACAGAGGUGAGGAACAGUGGUUUAAAGCUGACAAUCAGUGUAUUGGUGAGAAAGGAUGGUUUUGGUCUUGUGUUCCCCAGUCUCACUGCAUGCUGUGCAACUGGUAUUGGCACCAACCACUUUAAGCACUGCAAUUUUAUAAAGGGCUUGCUUAGGUCAACAGUAUUUUUCAUUUCAUGUCCCAGGAAGCUGGAACUGCUUGGUUUUGCUGUGUGAAACCAGCAAAAAUACGAGUCUAGCUUUUACACCAAGAACCCAUUAUCUCAAUGUACCUGGGAUCAGUUUGGACACGCUACUGCCUGGCAGGCUACAUCCUCAGUUAAAUGGAUGGCCUGGGUUCGCUGUGAUGCAAAAAUCCAGGCAGCAGCUCUCAGGGAAGAGGCAUCAUUCCUGCAGUUUGUUCCUCUUCCCUGUAGAAUGUAGUUAAGGAAGGAAGAGGUCAGGCCAGCACGCUAGGGUGGCUAAAGAGGUGUUCAGGUGAAGGAAAGUGGGUCUCAAGUACUCUCUCUUCACCACAGUAUCUUCAGCUCUGAAGGUGUGUAGCAGCCCUCCUUCAUAAGGCCUGCUAAGGCUUAGUGUGAUCAGUGCAAAACAAUAGG